GAAUCCCAUUAGAAUUUUUCUUUAUAUAUAGUUGAGGGUGCUUGAGAUUUUAGCUUUCUGAUAAUUUGACGUAUUCACAAUGGCCAGGAUCUCUUCCUCGUUUUGUUUUCUUCUCUUGUUGGCUUUGUUAUUUUCUAACUAUAAUGGCUGCAAAGCAAAGACUCAAAUUAAUGUCUAUGAACUCCGCAAGGGAGAUUUUUCUCUCAAUUUCACUAAUUUUGGUGCAACCAUGCUCUCUGCUAUUCUCCCUGAUAAACACGGAAAAUUGGCCGACGUUGUUCUUGGGUUCGAAUCGAUUGAGGAAUACAAGAAUGAUACAACCUACUUUGGGAAUAUUGUUGGACGUGUUGCUAACAGAAUCACUGCAGCCCAAUUUACUUUGAAUGGAACUCUUUACAAAUUGGUCCCUAAUGAAGGGAAAAAUAUACUCCAUGGUGGCCCCAAGGGCUUCAGUGAAGUCACAUGGAAAGUCUAUAGCUACAAUAAAAAUUCUCAUAUAACGUUCACCUAUGACAGCUUUGAUGCGGAGGAAGGAUUUCCUGGUGAUCUUUCUGUCUCAGUAACUUAUAUGCUAGUUGGAACCCACAAUUUAGCUGUGAAAAUGUUGGCUAAGCCUCUCAACAAGGCUACUCCAGUGAACCUAGCCUUGCACACUUACUGGAACCUUGGUGGCCACAACAGUGGUGAUAUUCUCUCGCACAAAAUCAAGAUAUUUGGAUCUAAAAUCACCCCAGUCGACAAUGAUCUCCUUCCCACUGGAAAAAUUACCCCAGUAAAAGGGACACCCUUUGAUUUCUUAGAGCCCCGUGAGAUCGGAAGCAGGUUCAACGAGCUAUCUGAUGGAUAUGACAUUAACUAUGUGCUGGAGGACUUAAAUCCUGGUCACCUGAAGAAGGUUGCAGUGGUGAAAGAAAACGUUUCUGGAAGGCAGCUGGAGCUGUGGACUAAUAAGCCUGGGUUGCAGUUUUAUACCAGUAAUAAGUUGGACAAUGUUAAAGGAAAAGGUGGAUUUGUUUACAAGAAGCAUGCUGGAAUUUGCUUGGAGACUCAAGGGUUUCCUGAUUCUGUCAAUCACCAAAAUUUUCCAUCACAGAUUGUGAAUCCUGGAGAGACUUACGAGCAUUUCAUGGUAUUUAGGUUCACAGCUAGCUAGGUAAUAGAGUUCGUUUUCAAGAGAUUAAUAGUAUUAUUGUUAUUAAUUAGCUCGUCUUUCCGGUUUAGAUUAUGAAUAAUUGGAAUUUUUUAGAAAAUGGUGUUUUUAUGUUCCAUAUAUUAAUUAGAAA